AUGAGUGCCUGCGGUUCCCAGCGAUGUUCAGUAGAUGGCAGCACUGUACACUGCGACUCGCCGCCUGACUUUCCCUUCCUCCCCACUGACGUGUUUGUUGUCGUGACGACAGAGCCCGCCCAACGGCUGCUGCACGAGGAUCGGCUCAUGCGCAUUGCAGUAAACCCUACCGAGUGCGCGCACCUCUCCGCCUUGAAGUAGGGGGCGCGCGCCGCUCUCUCCUUAUCCAACUACGCACAUCGUUUACCAGACUCGCGCGCGUGCCCGUGGCCACGUGAGGCGGCCGUGCGUCACGCGCAUGCGUACACCUCUCGUGUUUUUGUUCUUUUUUUUUUCAGUCACACAAUAAAAAGAGCGCGCGCACAGACCCGGAGUUAAUCCGUGCUCCCUGCGGAUAGCCAUAGGCCGUGUUAAGCAUCCCAUUGGCUUUCGCCCCUCCGCCGUUUCCAUGGCGACCCCUCAUCUCGCUCCACUGCUGAGCGCCGCGCGGACUCUCCCCCUCCUUCCUGCACUCCGCCCCCUCAUCGCUAUAGCGACACUGUCGGCGACGCCUCUCCCUCUCUCCCGCCCGUUUCCAUGGCGACCCUUCGCGGACCCCGCCCCCUGUCAGGCAUUCGGCGUGUCUCCGCCAGAGGGCGCCCGAUCUCCGGCCAAGCGGCGGCGCCAUUCCGGUGAGCGAGAUACCGCCAGAUGGCGGCUUAGGAUUGCUGCUCCCUGCCAGGCGCGGCCCGGGGAUUAUUAUUAUUGCUAUUAUUAUUAUUAUUUGAUAUUUGGCGGACCCCCCGCCAGCACCCUCACUACACAUUAAUAAUAGCCGCCCAUCGAUCGGGGAUUCCCGCCAGGGCUGAGCGGCGGCGGCCCGGGGCCUGGGCCGGGGUAUUAACCCCCUACCGCCGGAUCCAUUGUGCCCUCUCGCUGGCAGUACGUGUGCCCGCUCGGAGCCCGGGAGGAUCGGGAGCGGGGCCCGGGAUGUGAGGUGAGCCUGGGGGCCCCGGGGAGGAGGGGGGGGGGCUGGAGGAGGGGACUGGCAGCUUCCCGCCACCCGCUGCUCACACCGGCCCGGGGGGAGGGGGGCCGAGGGAGGGAGAGGGGGCUGGGCUCCCCCCCCACACACACACACCGGGGGAGGUGGGCUCUAUCCUGCCAGCCCCUCCUCCACCCCCCCCCCCCUUUUUAUUGUCACUGAGGAGCUGGCAUUGCAAUCACAAGUCCACAUUAGAUUGUCAGCUCUGCGGCCCAGCUGUCUCCUAUUCUAGCCAUGACUCGUGCUGCACUACAUUUCCCAUCAUGGGCACUCCUGCUGCAACGUACUACCUUUCCCAUCAUGCUUAGCCAGCUGUGGGCACUAAAACUGUUGUGGACUACGUUUCACAUGAUGCCCAGCCAACCAUUUGUGAUCCAGAUGUGCUUGAAUCACGUAUCUCUCCCCUUUAUGUUUUUGGUUUUUUUUUGUGCAUCUCGGGAAACGUAGUCCUGGACAGCAAGAGUGCCCCCCUAUUCUGACUGAGCAUUUUGGGAAAUGUAGUUGUCACCAUUUGUUGUACCACUGGUUGGCUAAAAGUGACCUACAGAGUAAUCUGCACCUCCUACUUUAUAAUAAGCUGACCUGUGGUGGGAGACUUUGUAGCAGGGUGAUUGUAAGCUCUUUGGUCUAGGCCUCUCCAUGCAGAUGAUGAGGCUGGGGUGACUGAAAUUCACUGUACUAUUCCUCAGAGGUGAAAAAGGCACAUUCCCAGCUGUUGGAACUAAAACUCCCAUAAUGCUUUGCCAGGUUAAGGGCUGGCAAGGCAGCAUGGAAGUUGUAUUUCCACAACAGCUGGGGGCAUUAACCUUUUGCCACCUGUUAUGUGACAUGGUGUGAGAUAUAUAUAUAUAUAUAUAUCAUAUUGAUCACAUUUGUUUUUUUUUCUAGUGUCAGCAAAUCUUGCACUGCUAUAAUUAGACAAUAGUAAAUUACUUUUAAAUUGGUGAACUUGCUGUCUGGGUUUUAUAGCACACAUAGGUGUAGGUCUGCCUCACCCCUAAUGUUGAUCUAUUCGCCCCUCAUUUUAAGAGAUGGACAUUGCUUAUUCUUUGUUUUCGCAAAUAUAAUUGUUUGUCUAACCCACAAAUCUUUUAAUUGUUGGCUUUCACAAUGUUUUGGUUUUGUCUUGUUCAUACUUGGUAACAUUUUAUUCAGCAUUGUUCUUUUGUGAAGAUGUGUCCUUAUGAGAGAUUUGUUAUUCAGAUAUUUUAAUAGUAUGUAGUUGCUUGGGUUGUAAUUUUAGUUAACCUAUUGAGAUAAGUUCAGUUUGUGGAAUUCAUUGUUUCCUAACUCUUUAGCAUUGAAUCAUAUGUUCUGUGAGCUGUCAUUUGAUUUGCAGAGAAUAGAGUAAUACAAUUGGAAUCACUGGGGUUAAAUUGAUAUAAGUACCCAUACUACAUUGCUUACAGACACAGAAAAAACGUAACAAUCCUGUUUGCAUAUGACAUGUGCUCCAGUAACCAAAUAAACAAAGUCUAGUGUAGCUUUGAAACUCAUUGGGUAAGAAACUGUGACACUGUUUACUAAUUGAAUGUACAGAUGUCAGUUUUAGAGAAACAAAAACCUGGUGUAGUAAUAAUAAAAAUAACUUAAUAAAUAUAUAUAUUUACAAAACACAUAUAUUUCUAUCUCUCUCAUAUAAAGCAAAUGCAUGAUUGGCCACAUUCAUUCCGUCCUGGAAUUAGUGAUAUGUUUUAUAAACCGUAUGGCCUGAUAUAUGCAUCUUGUAUAAUGUUGGCUUUCCUUUUUAAAUAUCUCUUAUUGCAGCAACUGUUUUUGUCUCUCCCUGCUGCAUGGUGUGGUUUUGGCCCAUUUCACCAUAAGGGAAAUUCAUGCAUGGCAUGAGUAUGCCUUUGGUUGAAUGAGCCACUGUUUCAGAUCAUGAAAUGCAAGAGUUCAUCUAUGACAUGACACAUGAAGAUCUAUAUAAAGUGCAGUUUUCUCUCCUAGAUUGACUUGACACAAACACUAUUAUCAAUUUUUUUUAUUGCUCACUGUAUAUUUCAUUGUUUCUUAAUGUAUGUUUACAUUCCUGGUUUGGCAGCAUUGACUUAUUCCAAAAUUAGAACCUGUUUGGGUCACAUGUUGAUGAGGUUUAUCCUGAGGCCAUAUAUAUUUCUUUUUACAUCCAGUGUUGGGUGUUUCUCUAAAAUGCCUGGAGGCUCUAUCUCCUUUCACUACAUCAUACCUUUUUCCCUCUGUUUGUGUGCUAUUGUGGGUCCCCACUACAAGAAAUAUUCAAGUUUCCUAUUGAUAAUUACAGUGAAUUUAUCACUUAUACUUGAUAUCCGUGGUGUUUGCAUGGUUUACUAAAACUGCUAUAUUUUUUAUUUGGUAUUUCAGACCUCUGUUUUGACACAGGCUCUGGCAGUAAACCUGCAUAGCUCACAUAUUUAAGGGUCAUACUUUACCUGGAUCUAUUUUUUUUAUUUUUUUUUUUCAUUUAUUUUAUUCUUCAUUUUCUUUGUGGUUUUUAAUUUUUUUUUUCCCAAAACAAAAACAUAACUAUACAAGACAUAAACUCCAUAAUAUACAUACACUUAUAUACUUGUAUAAAAUUCUUCUCCCCUAUUAUAAAACCUCCCAUUCAUAUUAUGACAUUCUCAUUUUGUUAAGCGGGGUUACAUAUAGAACAACAUAUAUAUGUCCGGCAGGACAGCUCCUAGAGGUUAAAUAUCUUCUUGACUAAUCCUUGGGUUAUUUAUCAUCAUGCUGACAAAGGGAUCAAUUUUAUCCAUAGAUCCAAUUAUGAUUCCUUUUCUGGGUAUAAUUUUGAUGCCUAUCUAUUCCCUUUUCCAUAUUUAAUUGGAAGAGGAGUUGGUUCUUAACUUCGAUCCACAAUGGUGGUAUAAACAUUUCAAUUUUCUGGCUAUUGUGAUCUUUACUGCUAACAAGACGUACUACUGUGUCAUACUCUGCAUACUCUGGACAUUUUUGAAAGAUUUAGAUGUAGUAGAUAAGUUUCGGGUUUUUGUGGAAGUUUAAUCUUACUAAUUACUUGGAUUUUAUCCCAUAUCUGUCCCAAAAACCUUGGAAUCGGUUCACACUUCCACCAAAUAUGUAAUAAAUCGCCUUUUUGUGUUUCACAUCUCCAACACCUAUCAGUAUGGCCAGACCACAUCCUGUUGAGAAGGCUUGGAACCAAAUAAAUACGGUUGAGUUUAAAUUGCACCUCUGUCAAGUUUAGACAUCUGAUUUACAUACUUUCUGGAAUGCUCCUUUUUAAGUCCUUUUGGAUAGUUUUAGAUUGUCUCUUUCCCAUUUCUCAACAACCCUAAUUGAACUUGUUUUUUCCCCGCAAUCUUUUAAUAGUUCUUUACAUAAAACUAGCAUGCCUUUUACCUCGGUCUUUAUCUCUUUAGGUUCUAGACAUAAGUGGUUGGUGAUAUAUCCUUUUAUUUGUAGAUAAUUAAAAAUUUCUCGAAGUUCUUGUGCUUCUAUUUCUCUCAUUGUUUUAAUACAUUUGUCCUCUAAUAAAUCAUUUGUUCUUAAACCACUUCUAUACCAUUUAUCGAGAUUUGUAUAUUUUAUAUUGUUUACUAAAUUUUCUAAGGAAGUGUUUAAGAAUUUAUUUAGCUUCAUUUUCUUCCUAAAUUUCUGCCAAUUAGUCAAAAUAUGAUCCAGGAUUAAACAAUUUUUAACUUUAGACAUUUUCGUACCUUCUGUUGUCCAAAAUUCAAACCCUAAGUCUUUAUGUUUUGUUAGGUCUUUUUCCACCUUGUACCAGUUUUCUUCCUUUGACUAUUCCUUUUGUGUAAUACAUGCAUGCAUCAACAUGCUUGUGUUACGAUAUUCCUGUAUAUCUUGCAUAGAAAGACCACCUUGUGCAGGUUUCAAUUUUAGCCUUGAUUUUUUUUUUUUACUACGCCAAACAAAAUUCCUAAAUGACGCUUGAAUCAUAGAAAGCCAGCUGCUUGGAACUGAAAGGGGUACCAUCCGGAGAAGGUAUAACCAUCUCGGGAGAACAUAUGAUCUUAAAAUAUUUAUUCUUCUCCAAAAUGAGAAUUCCAACUUUCCCCGGUCUUUUAACUGUUUAGUCGUUUGAGGAGAGGGAGGAAAUUUGCUUCCAUUAUAAUAUUUGCAUCAGAGCAUAUCACUAUACCCAAAUAUUUCAUUCUUGAUGCCCAGUCAAAUUUAUACUUGGCUUUUAAGACCUCUUUAGUUUGAACUGUGAUAGUUAUUAGAGCUGUGGUUUUAUUAAAAUUAAGCAUAUAGCCAGACCCCUCCGAGAAUGGUUCUAACACCUUAAUCGUUUCUUCUAAGGAGUUUUGGGGAUCCACUAAGGUCACUAUCACAUUGUCCGCAUUCAGUUUCAGUUCGCCGUAUUUUGUACUGAACCCUUUAAUCUUUUUAUUUUCUCUGAUCUGAGAGGCCAGCGGUUCCAAUGACUGAACAUAUAGAAUCGGGUAGAGCGGGCCCAGAGUUCUCUGGCUGUUGGACCAGGGCCAUAAUGGCCUCCAAUAUCCAUCCAUGAAACCCAAAUACAUUCAAGACUUCUCUGAGGAAACACCACCCAACACUGUCAAAUGCCUUUUCAGCAUCUAAAGACAGGGUCAAGUGGGAUAUUCCACCAUCUGGAUCUAAUUCUACAAGAUCUUGCAAAACAAGGUUGCAGAAGUCUGUUCAAGAACAUCUCACCCAUUAUAAGAAAUAAAUUGGUCUAAAUCAUUUUUGUCUUCGACAUUACUGGGUUUAAUAAAAUUUGACUGAUGCAUAACCUUGAGUUGACCUUCUUCAAAGAUCUGUAACUUGUCCAAGGGUUCCAGAACAAAUAAAAUAAGAAAUUAAGGAUUUUCUUGGAGGUGUUGACUGAACCCAGACAGUCUGUCGUGGCAAAUAUCUAUUUGCCAUUUACUCAUAUAAUACUUCUGUGGAUUGAAACUCCUAGCUAAGAUAGAUCAGUCAGAAGAUGGUCAACUGUGAUCAAAUACAAAAGACAGUGAUACUAGUGUGUUCCAGAUACCCUAAAGUGUCUUUGCUUUUCCAACUAUAAUGCGUUUGUUUUUUUUUUUUGUUUUUUCCUCCAGUCUAGAUAGAAUUCACCCUUAAAGGAACAGUUUAGUUAUCUAGAUAACUUAUUUGUGGUAAAGGAACAUUAGUGUUAGCAAUACAAAACUAUUCCUAACACAAAAUUGUCCCUCUGCCUUCAUGCCCCUUCACCCCCCAACCCUGAAAGGAUUAAAAACACUUUAAACACCUGAUUCCAGCACAGAGAUCCUUAGGUCCAAAUCUUCCGAUGUCUGUGCAAUCUGGGAACAUGCAGCAAGCAUUGCGCGCAUUGGGCCUUCCCCAUAGGGAAGCGUUGACAGAAUUGUAUUACUAAGACUAUAGUAUUCAUUUAACAGUGUUUAUGGAAAAAUAUAGCAAACAUGGCCUUUAAUGAACCGAGAACAUCUUUCAGUGCUAGUAGUUAAUAGUGCUAAGCUGCUGGAUUUUUAGCAAUUUACCCUCACUUGCAUGGCAUAAACUAACACCAAAUGUAUUCUUAAAUCAUUCUUAUAACAACCAUGGUAAUCCUAAACUAGUGCCAUCAUUAGACUUCUCUGAAUGUCUUGUGUUAGUAUGCCAUCCCAUGCAGUUCAAUAUAUUAUUGCUCUUCAUGGCAAUUUUAUUACUUAGUAAAAUUGUUUUCAGAGGAAAUUGUGAAGUAUGCUUAACCACUUGACUACUAAGCAGUUUGCUAAAUAUUUUUGGUGUCCUGAAAAGUAACGUUUAAGUGUAUUUUUCCUUAAAGGAUCACUAUAGUGUCAGGAAAAAAAACCAGUUUUCCUGACACUAUACAAUCCUAAGGGUCCCCCCCACCCUCAGGGUCCCCCUCCCGCUGGGCUGAAGGGGUUAAAACCCCUUCAGCAGCUUGCCUUAAUCCAGCGCCUGGCUCCCUUGGCGCUGUUGACCUCUCCUCCCCCGCCAAAGUCAGGUUCCGAGAGGAGCCGAAUGCGCGUCAAGAGCUGCGUGCGCAUUCAAACCGUCCAUAGGAAAGCAUUUCUCAAUGCUUUCCUAUGGACGUUCUGCACGCUGGAUGCGAUUUUUCGUAUUUCCAGCGUCGCAGAAGCACCUCUAGUGGCUGUCAGGAAGACAGCCACUAGAGGCUGGAUUAACCCUGCAAUGUAAACAUAACAGUUUCUCUGAAACUGUUAUGUUGACAUCUGAAGGGUUAAAACCGGGGGGACCUGGCACCCAGACCACUUAAUUGAAGUGGUCUGGAUGACUAUAGUGUCCCUUUAAAAUACUUGAAUUACAAGUGGGGAUGAAAUUUCUAGUGCUCUACAAGUAACCCUGUGAAAAAUCUUAACAAGUUUACCAGUCAUGCCUUAAAUGCUGCUAUUCCCAAAGUUACCUCAGUUCUUUCUGGUCCCGCUGAUGAGACGGAUGGGUUGUUGCUUGGGCAGGCAUUGUUAUAGCUCCCUGGGUGGUAAGCUGAACGGUGUUAAGUGCGUUUUCUGGCUUUUUUUUAUUAAACGGUUUUUUUUUUUUUUUUUUUUAAUGCAGAGGAGUCCUGGGUGGUACUCCAGUCAUUGGGCAAGAGCUGAGCCUUCCUUCCACCGAUUUCCAAUUAAACAUUCGAAAUUUCAAUUCUGGUGUGAAAUUUGACAAUUUGUUAAAACAUCUUUAAGCUUUCUGAUCUAUCUGAUAGCAAGGGUGCAUGUCAGAAUAGGUCUACUGUUUCACCAGACCUCCCACACGGUUAUGAGGCCAAAGGCUUCUGGCAUUAUUUUUUAUGCUUUUUGUUUUUACAAUCUAUAUAUUUAAAUAAUCCAGAUGUCAAACCCUGCCUCACCAGACGAACUAGAAAAAGAGAAAAUGCACAACUCUGCACCAAAAAAGCUUCAUAUAAGUUUAAGCAUAUGCACUGUAACGAGUACGCUAUGCCAGAUGCUUCGAGAAGGAUGCAAGAAAGACGUCCAUCCACUCUUCCGCCGAAUUCAUGGAAAAGAUCAAGCAAGAGGAGAAACAAUCUUUUCUAAUGUCUCUCUGACAUUUGAAAACUUAUUAGUCAGUAUCUAUCUGUAAAGAGACGAGAUACAGGUCCUCUUCUCAUUCUGACUUCUCAUCUGGUGAUUGCUAACUCAUCUGUAUAUCCUAUCUCCAGCCAAUUUAGGGGGGAUUUAAGGAUUUCCACCGGAAGAACUAAAUACGUUUAUCAAAGAGGUUGCAGCUAUUUUGCAGGAAGGUGAAACUUCUAAAAGGAAUUGGUGCAGUGUGAAUGGAAAACCCUGAGAAAAUGAUAUUCAUUUCCAGACAAUUUAAAUAUUCAAACCUUAGGAUGCAGAAAUGGGACUUACCACCUAAUGUGGCUCAACUCUAGAAAAAGACUCUAUUGGCAAAGUAGCAAUUCUAAAAGACCCAAUAAACGGGCAGAGACCUCUCGCAGAAGAGUUUUUCAAAGGGCAGGUAUUCAGUGCAAAACGGCUAUGGCUGGGGCAUCAGUUGCUAAAUUAUAUGGCUACAAUCACUGUAAGAUUGUAUUUCGGAAGGAUCAGAGUAAGACUUUUCAUAUCUGCUUAAUAGCAUCUGACUGGCAAAUUUAAUUUUUGAUAUGUCUAGGGAAGUACUCAAGCUUUUCUGCUCUUGUUAUGGGUUUAUCCGUUGCAAGAAGGGCUUUAUGGCUCAGGUCAUGGAUGGAAGAUACAGCAUCUAAAUCAGCAUUGUGCAAAUUACCUUUCUAAAGAAAUGGGCUGUUCUCCUUUAGAAGACCUCAUUAAACAAAGAAGACUGCCACAAGACGAGAAAUCGAUUGAAUAGGAGCAUCCAAUUCAGGAAAGAUCAUUUCAAUAUCAUGACCGAUCUCGCAAUUUUCAUAGACCAAAUAUACACGAAGUGCAGUUACGAGGAGACCAACAGACAAGAUAAGACAGAGGAAGUUUUGACACUAGAAGAGUGGGAGGAAGACUGCAGUUUGUUCAAGCAUAGGAAAACAAAAUAAUUCCGUAUUACACCUUUGUGUCGCUUAAUUAAUGUGACACACCACACACAGCAACUUCUGUUUAAAUGAUGCUGUUUUCCCAACUCUCCACCCCUUUUUAUCUGCAAAUAUAUACACAAUAUUGUGAUUCAUCUAAGCAUUUACAAAGGCGUAAACAGCACAUAGUAAAGUAUAUCAAAAUAAAAUGAGCUCUACGUUUGCACUUACAGGCUGAAGUUUUUGCACCUUAAGUUGCCUCCCCUGGCUAAGGGUCGGGAGCUAUCGCCUUCUUUGCCUGUUUUCCAACACUUGCAUGGUUUUAGCAACUGGAUGCAAAAACUGCUCGCAAUAUUUUAAAAUGAUAUAUUGCAUAAAAAUCAGCCUACGAUAAAUCUAUAAAAGUAAAUAAGUUAAAAUUGGUCAAACACCUUUACUCCACUACUGUGGACUUCCUCAGGAACGCAAUGAAAAGAUCAAAGCAUAAAAAUACAAAUCACCUUAAGGUGAGUAUGAAGCCUAACACCUCUCCCCAAAGUCAUUUAAAUAGGGCUACUCUGUCAUUGGUGGCUCAGUGGGUGUUUCUUCUCCUCUUCUUUCAUAGACAAAUUCGUCCUAGUUUUCUGCCUACGCCUCCAGCUGGUGCCGAUUUACAUUGCUGUUUAUUCAAUUGUGGAUGUUAAGCUGAAUCCCAAUAUUGUAUAUAGAAUUGUACAAGCAUGCAUGUAAACACAUUACAAAUCCAUGGAUUUUUAAGCACAAUAGUAGACUGGUACAAAUAAAGUUUUUUGGAAAGAUAUGCACCAGUAUUCUUAGUUUCUUGCUGCCCAUCACCAUUAAAACAAGAUGUGCUACUAUCAAAAUCUGAUACUUUUUAAGAAAAUGAGUUCUCUUAAAGGUUCCAAAAUUUUCCCCUCCCACCCUUUGUUUUUGUUACUAAACAAGACCUUUCAUUUUGUCCUGUAAUAGAUCUAAAGAGGGUAAACAAAACAGUUGCAUUCAAUGCCUAAGGUUUCCUUUGAAGACCAUUUUAUUUUGUCAUCCACAUACUACAAAAAGACUAUAUGGUGACUCUUGAUUUGAAAGAUGCCUAUUUACAUGCCCAUUACAGCCGCCUCAAGAUGAGAUUUGCAAUCAAAUCAGGGAGGAAUAUUCUGCAUGUCCAAUUCAGGGCCCUGCCUUUCAGCACCAAGGAUUUUUUACAAAGAUUCUGGUUCCAUUGUUGGCUACUCCGACAGAAAAGGGUGCUUCAAUCAACCCAUAUAGAGACUUGGUUCCUUUAAGCUGAAUCGGCCAACUACAGAUCAACAUUCGAACAAUAGUUACUACUGUAUCAAAAUAAAACUGAAACAAAACUUGUAUGAGCCAUAAUUCACCUCUUUCAUAUUAAGUGCACCCACGUCUAUUACAGAUCAUUUUAUUCAGGAGAAAUAGGUUUUCAUUUCAUUAACAUCAAAUAUUUAGCUAUGAAACCUAACUUAAUAUGAAUAAAAUAUAAAAAAAAAUUGAAAAAUUAAGACUUUUUUUUUUCUUAAGUUCUGCAUGACAUUUUAAUUGUGAAUGUCUUAAGACUUUGCUUUUACUAUAAUGCACAUUUUUAUUCACUGAUGUCUCACGUGUAAAACAGUAUCCCCUAUGUACAGGUUUUAUGGUGUUUUGGGAAGUUAGUUAAAUUUUUUUUUUUUUUUUUCACAUUUGAAAUACUCCAGAUUGGUUAUGUUGCCUUUGAGACCAUAUGGUAUCCCAGGAAUGCUAAUUACCCCCAUGAUGGUAUACCAUUUGCAAUAGUAGACAACCCAAGGUAUUCAAUAUGGUGUGUCCAGUCUUUUUUAGUAGUAGUCACUUAGUCACAAAAACUGGCUAUAAUUGGGGUUAAAAUAAUUUUUUUUUCAUUUUUCACACACAAAUUUUAACAAUAACUUUGGCUAGUGUUUGACUAAGUGGCUAUUAAAAAGACUGGAUAUACCCCAUUUGCAAUACCAUGUGUUGUCUUCUAGGCACUCUCUCUGCUGGCACUGCUAUGGAUGGCUAUUCCGUCCAUGUGAUCGUGAGGUCCUCGCGAUCACAUGGCCCAUGAGGGCCCGAUCAGAUGCAGUGGGACUCCCUGGGAUGCCAGGCAAGUCCCCCUCCAUCGUGAUCGCCACAGAAGGUAAGUGGCCCGGACGGCGGGGGACAUACUAUCCUACCCGCCGGCGUUUAGAGCUGGGUCCCCAAGGAUGGCAUAGCACGCCUGCCGUCCUUAAGGGGUUAAUUUCUACGGUGUCUAGGUAUCACCUGUAGAUUGGUUUUGUUACUCACAAUUUGGAUCAAUGUUAUUUUUUGGGGUAUUCUCAAAAGUUGAAGGGCCACUAUAGUGUCAGGAAAACAUACUCGUUUUCCUGGCACUAGGGACCCCUUCCCCUGCCGAGCUCUAGGGUGAGGAAGGGGUUAAACUUAUCUCUUUCUCCAGCGCCGGGCGGGGAGCUCUCCUCCUCCUCGGCUGCAUGCGCAGUAAGAGCUGCGCACGCAUUCAGCCAAUCCAUAGGAAAGCAUUCUCAAUGCUUUCCUAUGGACGCUGGCGUCUUCUCACUGUGAAAAUCACAGUGAGAAGCACUCAAGCGGCUGUCGAUGAGACAGCCACUAGAGGCUCGAUUAACCCUAAUAUAAACAUAGCAGUUUCUCUGAAACUGCUAUGUUUAUAGAAAAAAGGGUUAACCCUAGCUGGACCUGGCACCCAGACCACUUCAUUAAGCUAAAGUGGUCUGGGUGCCUAUAGUGGUCCUUUAACCCCUUAAGACCGCAGGGCGUUCUAUGCCGUCGUUAAGGAAGCGGCAUAGAACGCCCUGCGAUCUUAUGUACUUACCCGGUGUGUAUGUAUUAUACAUGUGUAACUUCGUUCUAACUGUAUUUUAAAAUUAAUAUAUAGAUAUCAAAAUACAUGUAGAACAUAAUAUCUAUAUACGUAUAUAUACCUAUAUAUAAAUAAAAAUAAUUUUAAAAAAUUGUGUGUGUGUGUAUAUAUGUGUGUGUGUGUAUAUAUAUAUAUGUAUGUAUGUAAUAAUUUUACAUAAUUAGGUCAUUUUAUUAAUUACAAUUUGCAGGACAACCCAGGCCGAAAGUUCAGGGAAUUUAAUUUGCUAGCACUAUAUUUAGCCCUAUAACUUUCCAAGACGCCAUAAAACCUGUACAUGGGGGUACUGUUUUACUCGGAAGAAUUCACUGAACACAAAUAUUAGUGUUUCAGAACAGUAAAAUUUAUUACGACGAUAUCGUCAGUGGAAGUGACCUUUUUUUGCGUUUUUCACACACAAAUGGCACUUACACUGACGAUAUUGUUGUGAUACGUUUUACUGUUUUGAAACACUAAUAUUUGUGUUCGUCAAAGUCUCUCGCGUAUAACAGUACCCCUCAUGUACAGGUUUUAUGGUGUUUUCAAAGGUUACAUAAUCCAAUAUAAGGCUUGCGUUUCAGAUUUUUCACAUUGAAAUUCGUUAGGUUGCCUUUAAGACCCAGGAAUGAGCAUUACCCCCAUGAUGGCAUACCAUUUGCAAAAGUAGACAACCCAAGGUAUUGCAAAUGGAGUAUGUCCAGUCUUUUUUAGUAGCCACUUGGUCACAAACACUGGUCAAAAUUGGCAUUCAAAUUAGUUUUUUGCAUUUUCAAAUAUUAACACUAACUUUGGCCAGUGUUUGUGACCAAGUGACUGCUAAAAAAGACUGGACAUACCCCAUUUGCAAUACCUUGGGUUGUCUACUUUUGCAAAUGGUAUGCCAUCAUGGGGGUAAUUCUCAUUCCUUGGCUGCCAUACGGUCUUAAAGGCAAACUAACCAAUCUGGUGAAUUUAAGUGUGAAAAAACUGAAAAAUGUAACACGCUAUAUUUGACCCUGUAACUUCCCAAAACACCAUAAAACCUGUACAUAGGGGGUAUUGUUUUACACGUGAGACAUUGCUGAAUACAAAUGUGUGUAUUAUUGCAGGAAAAGCAAACAGUAUUUUGACAUUCACAGUAGAAAUGUCACGUAGAACUAAGAAAAUGUAAAAAAAAAAAAUAUAUAUUUUCUCCCAUUUUUAAAAAAAUAUUUUAUUCAUAUUAAAUUAUGUUAAAUGAAAGCCCUGUUUCCCCUGAUUAAAAUGACAUAUAAUAGGUGUGGGUGCAUUUAAUAUGAAAGAGGUGAAUUACGGUUGGACAGACAUAUAGCGCAAAUGCCAGGUUUUGUUUACGUUUUGUUUUGAUCACAACUUGUACAUUUGGCUGCGGAUUUAAGGGGUUAAAUCCAAUUAUGGUUGAGACAAAUGGCAUUUAAUAUCCCUCUUCUACAGAGAUUGGAAUCUCUAGAGGUUAGACUCUACAGGGAGUAGAAGUUGUACAUAGGUGUGUGAUGUGAGGCUUACUCUAUAGCUGUUAGAAAAGAGCUCAUGAAAUGGCAUGAUAGGAGCCAUUGAGAGAGGUUGGAUGGAGGUCUAUAUAGAAAGUAGAUAAUUUGUAGAGGAUGUAAAUGUUCUGUAGCUGUCAUAUCAUAGCUAGUACAGAAAUAUUCUGUAAUGGAAGUUGGCCUCUCACACCCGCAGCUUAAGUCUACAUUUUUAACUGGCCUUUCUGGUGUAGUUACUAUAAAUACCAAAUAAAUGUUCCCACUGGUGAAGUAGAAUUUCAGCCUAGAUUUGGUGGACCUCUCAUACAGACUUGUACUUAUGAUAUUUUGUCCCUGGUUGUUCUCUUAAAGGUCCACUCUAACCACCCAGACCACUUCAGCUUAAUGAAGUGGUCUGGGUGCCUGGUCCAGCUAGGGUUAACCCAUUUUUUCAUAAACAUAGCCGUUUCAGAGAAACUGCUAUGUUUAUGAAUGGGUUAAGCCUUCCCCCCAAUCCUCUAGUGGCUGUCUCAUUGACAGCCACUAGAGGCGCUUGCGUGCUUCUCACUGUGAUUUUCACAGUGAGAGCACGCCAGCGUCCAUAGGAAAGCAUUGUAAAUGCUUUCCUAUGCGACGGACUGAAUGUGCGCAGCUCUUGCCGCGCGUGCGCAUUCAGCCGACGGGGAGGAGAGAAGGAGGAUCGGAGGAGAGCUCCCCGCCCAGCGCUGGAAAAAGGUAAGUUUUAACCCCUUUCCCCCUUCCAGAGCCGGGCGGGAGGGAGUCCCUGAGGGUGGGGGCACCCUCAGGGCACUAUAGUGCCAGGAAAACAACUGUUUUCCUGGCACUAUAGUGGUCCUUUAAGUCUAACAUGAUUAAUAAAGCAUAUUAAUGCUUGCAUGUAUAACCACCACUUCCUUCUAUUUUGCAGCUUAUUUUACUGCUGUCUACACCUCAACCUUUAACAGUUAUUUUAACAAACUGACAUUUUUACAUUAAGAAAUCACAUUUCGUGACCCAGUGUGAUACAUUAUAUCCAAUUUUCCUACUUUUGAUUCGUACUAAUUUCAAUGUAUCUGAAAUGUCCCUCAUAUCUUCUUAAUUCUUCCUAUACAAUCCCGUCUUUAUUGCCAGUACCGUUCUUAUUGCUAUUCUCUGGUUUAGCUUCAAACAUGGCAAAUGUUAGCUAAAAUGUAGAAAAUUGAAAAACCUACCCCAACACAUACUGUUACUACAGGGCCACACCACUGCCCAAACAAAUUUAAAUGACUGUGUAGUAGGUAUAACUAAAAAAAAAAAAAAGCAUGCAUUUGAUUAUGUAUUUUUUUAUUAUUGGGACAAAAACUGCUUGCAAAAGCUCCCCACCCCACGCACACAGCAACCGGUUGUCUCACAGCUAAGGUAGUGUAACAAUGUUAAUUUGUAAAAGUUCCAAGUAGGGGGAAUGGGGACACGCUCUUCACACACAGAGCAUGUCAGCAAGCUAAAAGUACAUUAUGGAUCUGGACGGUCCCUUUCAGUGAUAAAUAAGUAGAAAAUCUUUGGGUAGAAUUGAUGAUUGAACCAUUGACCAAAUGACCAUUGGUAUUUUGCCAGAAUGUGUGCAUCCAGUAGAAUAAAAACUGUAUUUUUGUAUCGUCUGAAAUUUUUUGCUAAACAGUUUGUCUAAUAUUAAACCUUUCAUUAAACAUUUAAUUUUUAUUUAUAUAUUUCCUCACCCCCACUCCUCAAUAAUUUUUACAAGCGAAAAGGAACAAAAGCAUAACAGUAUCUGGGAAUGCAAUUCAGAUAAGUAAACACAAUAAUACAUGUCUUGGGAAAUGACGGCUCCUCUUACAAUAUGUACUUUGCUGCUUUGAAUGACAUUAAAAAAAAAAAAACCUCAUUGUAAAAAAUCAGAGUAGUUAGUGGCACUGUUCAUAGUGAUUCCCUAAUACUUUUUAAAAUAAAUGUUGGAUGUAUAAUAAAUCUACAGCUGCCUAUAUUCUCAGUAAAUGUAAUUGUUUAGAAAGAUCAGCCAUUUGUUCAGUCAUUAUUUUUAUAUACUUCCAACUAAUUUGACAGUGCUGUAUUCAACCUAAAGCACUAAAACAACUAUAGCUUAAUGAAACUGUUUUGGUGUAUAGAUCCUGCUCACUGUUCAAUUCUCUGCCAUUUGGAAUUUAAAGGAACAAAAUAGUGUUAGGAAUACAAACUUGUAUUCUGAACAGUAUAGUGCUGGAGUACAUUUUUAGGUGACUGGCCCCUCCGAAUGUAGUAAACACAGUACAACUAUAGUGUCCCUGUAAAAUCACUUUCUUUUUUUUUUUUUGUCUUUUUUUAUGCAGUAAUAGCCAACCUUCCUUUGGCAAAUGGUUUCAUUAGAAUUUUUGACUGGAUUUAAAAUAUCUUUAUCUCCAACCAGAUGCAGCUUCUUAUAUGCAGAGUUAUAGGCUACCCAUUCUUUCAUGUUUAUUUCCAUACCAAGUGGUAUUUCUUAAGCAAAAAGUCAUUCAAUACAGCCUUAUUUCUCUUGUCUUAUCUAUGUUUCUCUUUUAAUGUUUUAGAUCUGACUAUGUUCAUUGACUUGACAUAACGAUAUUAAUUUUUUACAAUUCUUUUACCAAAAAAGUGUAGCCUCUCUUGACAUAUUACUUAUUGUGCUUAUCUCCAAUUACUGUUCACAUGUAUACCAUAUGUCAAUUCCUACUCUUGUAAUUUUUACUGCACUACAACAAUAAAGAAUAUGGAAAAAAAAUAUCGUUCUCUGUAAAUUGAACUUUAGUCACAGACAAGGGUCUUGCUGGCAAUAUGAAAUUAAAAAUAAGCAAGCUGUGCAAUAAAGAUGAUUUAACCCCUUCCUGACCAAAGACUGAAAUUUUUCCGUCAAGCUUGUCCGGACCCUUGACGGAAAAUUUCCGUCAUUUACUAAAGUUUACCUCAGAUCACAGCAAUUGCGGGGUUAAUGCUCCCCCGGUCUACCUUUUGUAUUUGAGGCAGACCGGGAGCAACUGAUCGAGGGUUUUUUUUUUUUUUUUAAUUCCUCAGGGGUUACGUUUAUUUUAUUUAAAUAUUUUAAAGUAUAUAUUUAGCUAGCUGGGGUGGGUGGAAGUUAGUGGAGAAUUGGUGAAUUUGGUGUUAGGCUAGCUAGGGGUUAACGUAAAAAGUUUAAAAACAUCAUACCCCCUUUACCUAGUACAAAUAAAAAUUAACUUCACCCAUGCCAGUUGGUCAUUACCUACAGUGAUCAAAAUACAGAUCACAGUAUUAAACUGUGAUCUAAUUUUUUUUAUUUAUUUUUUUUACCCCAUCAAUUUAUUUAAUUUACAUAUUUUGAAAUCCUAUAUUUUGGUAGCUGGGGUGGGAGUUAUGGGAAAUUGAGGAACUUACGGUUAGUACUGCUUACUGCUAGUUAGGGGUUAACGAUAAAGUCUAUAAAUGUUAAGUGUAAAAGGUUAGUUUAAAAAAAAAAAAGUUUAAAAGAGUUUUAAAAAGUAUAAAAACUUUUAAUAAGGGGCGGGGCCUGACCCGCAAGCGGAGCAGUCGCAUGGUGAAGCUCCCGCCAAGCAAACUGCCUCAAAGGGAAAAACUAACAGUUUACAAGCCUGUAAUGACACCGGGAUACGCUACCCACGUCGGGGGGCCCUCCGGUGAAUUACCCGAUACCAAACCUGAGUGCAUCCCACAACCGUGUAACCGAGGCGGCGGAUGGAGCUGGGGGUAGACUGCCACUCUCCUCGCUCCUACGCCGGAGACACCAAACCACCAGCAUCCCCCCCACUCCCCUCAGGACCGGUGGGGGUGAUCCUGGUCCAAACUCUCCAGGCAGCAGAGCCAAGACGAGCGCUGAUAACGGGGCCACGCAGGCAGCCCUCUGCUACACAGGCCUGCAAGAUGGAUGACGCCACAUGUAACCACAACCGCCAAACAGACAGGUACUAAACCUUAACCAAGCUCGAUGCCCUACUCGACGCCUUCUGGGCGCAACUGGCCAGCAGAGAGCAACAAGCCAAGGCACCAGCGCACAUACCCUCCGGAGAACUUGCAAGUCCCCACUGCAGAUGCACAGGCCUCUGCCUGAGGGGACCCACAAAAAGGCGCAGGAGGAGACCCCGCCCGCCCGCGCUCAAACAGGCAAGACGGCACUGCAUACAGAUCCCAACUCGAGGUGGCCCACAAGCCUUUCAAAGCACUGGUUUGAAGCAGAGACCCAUAAAGCGACCACACACACUAGCAAGCUUCCCUCGCAGCUCUGUACUUACCUGACACCGCAGAAAGCACCAGAGUGCCAAAGAGGGAUUCCACCUACCUGCGCCAUCAAAGCGGACCUCCACAACGACGGGUUGGCAAACCGAUCGCUGGAACCAGUGACUCUGUACCCAACAAUCCCCCAGCAGGACUGCCAAACACCUGUCACCUCUCACUGCGCUGGGCAUAGGUUAAAAGUGAACUCACAAGUUGGGACUCACAGAGGUCCAUACUCAAAACCUCUGCUGCAAUGGACGCUAUCCAUGCCGCACAGCAACCUCCUCAGCAGCGAUACACAGGCAACGCAGAACUUUACAAAGAAACCCACUGUUAUGAACGUUUUUAUUUAGUGAGCAAUCUCAUUAUAUGCGUUUCACACACGUGCAAUGCCUUACUACUAAAGCUCUCAGACCGCCUGUCACCCACUCACUUGCCGAGGCAAAGCCCGUCUGCCUGGAAACCCUCAGGUAUAAAACUCUUUAUACACACACACAACUCCAAAUCAUGUAAGAUAGCAAUGCCUCAUCAUAUCUCUUGCUAUUAUGCCACUGAUAACUUUACUUGCUCCACUAAGGGCACAGGGCAACAGGCAUAGACACCAUACCUAUGCUCACACACUCACUCAACCCCAGAAGCUCAGCUAACCUCAUAGGCUUAAACCAUGAUUAGUCUUGGAAUGUUUCAGAUCUUUCUUAACCUGUUUAUCUGACUCUCUACAACUAUUAGCCUGGUUGAAAUUAAGGUUAUAGCCAGUUCUACCUAACCUGACCUAUACAAUUUGUGCUGUUAAUGCUUGCCAUGCUACUGUUUAUCUUGUAUUAUUCCAACGGCUUGUACCAGCUGUCGUGGCGGUAUAAGCAGGUUUGUAAUUCUAAGCACAACAAAAAUAAAGAAUUAUUUCAAAAAAAAAAAAAAACUGUUUUAAUAAAGUUAAAUACAUUAAAAAAAAUGCUCAUUACUACUACACCUGGAACAAACUAGGAAAAAAAUGAUCCCACGCAAAGGUUCAAAAUAUCCCUUUUGAAUUACACCAGGGUGUAUUCUUUAAUAAAUAGUAUGUGUUUGUGGGGAAGUUUGAAUAACCAACCAGCUAAACUACUCCACAAUGGAACAUGGACACAGCGUAAAACUUCAGUUAGAAAAAAACUGGCUGUGUCUCAGAUGUGCCUCUUCAACAUCCACAUAUACCUGUUAAAGGUACAUAUGGGAGAAGUGCUAUACUCAGUCGACAUAGCUGAGCAAUACAUGAAGUAUUAUACAGUCGUAGCACGCAAGGUUUGCAAAAUAUACUGUGCAAACUCACUUUGUGUGUCAAAAAGACAGGAAAAAAUGCUUAUUACAACUACACUUGGUACAAGGCGCGGAAAAAUAAUCCCACGUUAAGGUUCAAGAUGUGCCUUUUGGAAUACCCUGGGAUGUCUUCUUUAAGAAAUGGAAUGCUUUUUAUAUGGUGUAGUUGGAAAAUGUAACCUGCUCAAGUGCAUUGAUGUAAAUUGGUGAAAAAAAUGACAAGUUAAGGCACAAUAUACACCGUAUAAGCAGUGGCGUACACCUGAUCCAUGGGCCCCUCCACUCCCCCCAUUCUAACUAUAGAAACUGAAAUAGCUUUGUCUCUAAUAUGGCAUUGUAGCGUCACAGAAUAGUGCCAUAGGCAUACAAUGGGGUUAUCUUUCUACUCGGCAGAUGUAGCUGAACACAAUAUGGGGUUCUGUACAGGGAUAGCACACACCAGCUUUACGAAAUACACAUUACACAAACCUUGUUAAAUGUGUAUAUGCCAAAAUAGAGAGAGAACACAAUUUUACUCCAAUAUUUACCAGAGAUUGGCUAUGAAUGGCUACAUAAAAAGUGUCCAAAUAACUUUAGGUAAAUAGCCUAAACUUUAUAUAAAUAUAUACUUUUGUGUUGCAAUUUUGUUUUCUGUGAUUGCUACUAAACCUACAAGACAAACAUACCAACUUCUAAAAUUGCUUUGCAUUGAAAUUGUAUUUUAGUUGUUUUAUUUUGUGACCUUUAACUUUCAAAAUAAGCUGAAAUCCCAUACGUAGUAUGUACUCUAUAAAUCAAGACACAUAAAUGAGUUUAUUUUGAAUUACUUUUUCUAAGCUGGACAUAUUAUGCACACACUAAUAGUACCAAAACUGUGGGAAAUUUUUUUUAUUUCCCCCACUCCCCCCCAUUUUUUUUUGGGCAUUUUUAUUAACGAGAAUUUAUAUAUGUAUAUGUGACAUAAAAUUAAAGCCCUGUUUGCCCUCUAAAAAACGGUAUAUAAUAUGUGCUGGUGCAAUAAAUAAAUAGUUUGAACACAAACCACAAAACAUGCAAAAAUGGCUUGUGUCCUUAAGGGUAAGAUAAGCUUUUGAAGCUUUGUCCUUAAGGGGUUAAAUAUCAGAUCUCUUAACAGGAAAUGUGUAGACACUUUGUUGGUCACAUGCAGGUAGGUGUGACCAGGGUUGCAUAAACUUUUUAUUUUUUUUAUUUUUCUUUUGAACUCCUAAUUGGCAGAGAAUUGAGCAAUGAGAAAGCAGGGGCAUAAUAUAUACACCACAAACCACGCAUCUAAUGAUCCUUUCAUCAAGUUUUUAAAGGAAAUUUACUUUAACACAAAAUAUAUAAAUAUAUGUAUGAGAAAUCUUUAUAGUGUAUAUACAGCCAUUUUUUUUUUUUUCAAUAGAACCUUCUUCUCUUUUGUCCUUCAUCUGCUUUAAAGGGUUACCCCCUUAACUCUCUCGUCCUCUAUCACUGCAUUUAUAUUUGCAUGCUUCUUCCACCCUUAGUUUAGUCUAUAUACAGCCAUAUACAUGCAAUGUGGGUCAGGUAGUGUUUGAAAACCUCUGUUUCAAUGGUCCUUUCUACUUCAUUCCUUGCGCAGUGACAUCAGACUGACUAUAAAAUUCAAACACUGUGAUUUAACUCUGAAAUGGCAGAGAAUUGAGCAGUUAGAUUGCAGGGACAGGAACUAUACACCUAAGCUGCUUCAUUAGGCUAAAGUUUUUUUUUUUUCUGUCAGUACCACUGGGUUUUGCUCCUCCCGCGAAAAUUUGUAAUGCAGGUGUAUAGAGAGCUGUGCAGGUACCCACUGACUAAAUGGAUGCAGGUCAGAAGAGGUACGCCGUGUCACCUGCUGCCCCCACACGGCUCAGAGGUAUUUUGAGGUAAGAUUAAAGAAAUCUUUACUUUAAAAUAUGCUCUGAAAAUUUUAUAAGGAAAAUCAAACAUUUUAAGCCUCCAUUUAUAUUGUCUCCACAGAUAUGUCUAGCCCAGCUUAUCCUGAUAUGGACAAGGAAACACUGGCAGCCUCCAUGCCUACAAAGGCUACGGCAAAAUCAAAACAUCUAGUUUGCAGUGAGUGUGCAACUCCUCUUACAGACGGAUCAAGGAAGAAGGUGUGCAGUCAGUGUACUGCAAAUUCCUUGGAAAGAGAUAAGAAAAAAGAUAUGCAAUCUUUCUUAACCUGGUUCCAAGAAAAUCUGGCCCAGACCUUGGAGACUAUUAAAGAGUCCAAAAAGGUGGAAUCCUCUAUACAGCAAGGACAUCAGAGAAUCAAGAAAAGAUAAUCUACAUUUGAGACGUCAUCCGGGGAAUGUUUUUACUCUAUAGAUUCAGAUGGGUCAGGAUCCUCAAGUGAACCAGUGUGGUUUCCUCCGAAUGAAAUCCGUAAAUUCAUAAAGGAAGUUAACCUGGCGAUACUACCGGAGAAUCCUAAAAAAAGGGUUUCCUGUUCAACAAACCCUGGUGGAUCUAAUAUUUAAGGAAUAGAGAAACCCUGAGAAACGUGCCUUUAUAUCCAGACACUUUAAAUAUAUCUUCAGACUGGCUGGCGAAUUAGUCUGGGAAGAUCUCCUUAAAAGUAGAUAUCCAGGUGGCUCAGAUUGCUAAAAAGACCACUAUUCCUAUAGGGUAAACUUCGGCUUUAAAAAAUCCAAUGGAUAAAAGAGCCGAAACCUCUUGCAGGCGAGCUUACCAGACGGCCGGGUUUCAAUGCAAGGCUUUACUGGCAGGGGCAGUGGUUGCCAGAGAAAAUGGCAUUUGGUUAAACACGGUACUAGAUAUUUUAUCUUCUGACUAAGAUAAGGAGCUUAGUUACAUGUUUCAGAACAUGCGCUUGUCUAAUGAAUAUCUGUUGGAUAUGUCGGAGGUUCUUAAAUUGGCAUCCAGAAUUACGUGAUUGUCAUCGGUAGCAAGACUUAUGGUUAAGGUCAUGGACGGCGGAUUCAGCUUCCAAAUCAGUCCUUUUGUGAGCUUCCACUAGAGAAAAGUUUUUUGGGGCUCCUUUAGAAGAAAUUAUUAAGCAAAUGUCAUAAACCAAAAAGGCUCUUCCUUAAGAUAAGAAGUUCUCCUGGAGUACCAGUAUAAAUACAGGAGAUCCUAUCAAGAGAGACCGCAUUUUUUUUUUUUUUUUUUCCAAAGGGAUUAAAAUCUGAGAUUUGAUCAAAGAGGUGAUGUUAAAAGAUUUGUCAGAGAUAAAGAUACACGUUUCUGACACCAGAAGUGUGGGAGGAAGACUCCAACGUUUUUUCCAGGCAUGGGAAAGAACCACAAGCAAUCCCUGGGUUCUAAGUCAGAUCCAGCAGGGACACAAGAUUAUAUUCACAGAGAAAGCAAGAGCAAAAUGUCUGGUAUCAACUUACCGUCUUCAAAAAGAUCACAAGCCCUAUUUUCUCAAACCAUGCUACUUUUGCAAAAAAAGGGUGAUUGAGAGAGUACCAGAAAAGCAAAGAUUUCGGGGAGUUUACUCAAGAUUACAAAGAGGCGACUUUAUGGUAAAAAUAGACUUGAAGGAUGCCUAUCUGCAUGUUUCGAUUGCUACCACUUCAAGGAAAUUUCUAAGAUUUGCCAUAAAAAGAGGAAGAUCCGCCGAUCAUUUCCAGUUCAGUGCUCUGCCGUUUGGUCUGUCAUCCGCCAAAAGGAUAUUUACAAAAAUCUUGACUCCUCUGACAGCUCAUUUGAGGGAAUUGGGAAUAUCGAUUAUCCCAUAUCUGGACUACUGGCUCCUCAUGGCACAUACAGAAGAGCAGCUGCUCAAAGACUUGCAGGCCACUAUCAGAUUUCUUCAAGACCACGGUUGGAUCUUGAACUUAAAGAAGUCAGUUCUCGUUCCAACAAGAGAAAUAGAGUUUCUCGAAUUCAGAAUCAAUUCAGUCUCCCUGUCAAUUCAUCUUCCCAAAUUAAAAAGGAGGAAAAUUCGAGAGGCGAUUACCAAUUUCCAAAAGAUGGAAAGUUGUUUCUUCAGACAGGCCAUGGGUGUAUUGGCCCUUCUAAUUGCUGCCUUUCUAGCAGUCAAAUAGGCAAGAUCAAAGGUCAGACCUCUACAAUGGAACAUUCUGACAACUUGGUCAAAAAAGGAGAAAGAUUUAGACAGAAGGUUCUUGUUAUCCCCUCAAGUAAAGACUGCGCUUACUUGGUGGAAAACCUCAGAGUGCCUUUCAGGAGGAUUUUCUUUCCGUCCAAAAGACUGGAUAAUAGUCACUACAGAUGCUUCAAAGACAGGUUGGGGAGCUACCGUGUUCCAAGGAAUAUGGUCAGUCAGGGAGGUUAAAGAAUCCGCAAACUUCAGGGAAUUACUAGCAGUUCUUUACGCUCUACAUCGCCUCAGGCCUUGGGUACAACAAAAAGCGGUGAAAAUUCAAUCAGACAAUCGUACAGUAGUCUCUUAUAUCAAUCGCCAAGGAGGAACCAAAGUAAGGAAUCUUUACAUUCUUUGUGCAGAAAUUAUGGAGUGGUCUCAAAAAUAUCUGGAAGACAUUUCGGCAGUCCACAUAAGAGGGAGCGACAAUGUUAUAGCCAAUGAUCUGAGCAGAGGGAAGUGGGAUCAAAAAGAAUGGUCUUUGAACCUGGAAAUAUUCAGAAUCCUGGCAGAAAGUUUUGGAUUUCCGGAAGUAGAUUUGAUGGCAAGAGCAUCGAACACAAAGAUUUACAGCUUUGCCUCCCUAUUCAGAGCAGAUCAACCCAAAUGGAUAGAUGCUCUAUCGAUAGAGUGGAACUUCAGUCUGACUUACGUGUUUCCGCCUCUGCCUUUAAUCCCAAAGGUGCUUCUCAUAAGAACAGACAGAGCAAGAGUAUUGGCACUAAUUCCAUAUUGGCCAAACAGUCUGGUUUUCGGCUUUAAAGAAGAUGACCAUCGCUCAUUGGGAACGUCCCAUAUCAAACUUCCUCAUUGUGAACAGGAACCUGCCCUGGGAAGUUCUAAAAAUAUUCAGGUUGACGGCUUGGCUACUGCAAGGCUAAUCCUUCGUAACCAAGGUUUUCAAUAAGACAGAAUAGCUAUCUUACUUCACGUUACCAGGAAGUCUAUGUCUAAGAUAUACUUUAGGAUUUGGUCUAAGUUUCUUCACUGGCAUAGGGAACACCAGUGCCUUGAUUUACAUCCAUCCCUAGAUAACAUUCUCCAUUUUUUUACAAAACGGAUUUUCAGCUGGUCUGGGAGUCUCUACGCUCAAAGUUCAGAUAUCAGCCUUACGUUUUUUUCUAAUUAAGGAUUUGGCCUCCAAUAUUUUCAUCAGAAGAUUUUUUUUUUUUGUUUAGGUCCAUCAGCCUCAAACGUCCUCCUAGAAGAUCGGUGUUUCCAGCUUGGGAUUCAUCCCUGGUCCUACAAGCUCUUUGUGUUCAUCCCUUUGAACCUUUGGAAGAAGUUUAAAGUUUCAUUCCUGGUAGCCAUCACAUCGGCUAAGAGAGUGAGAGAACUUCACGCUCUGUCCUCCUCGGAUGAACAAAGACAAGGUUUUUCUUCAUCCAAGACAGUCUUUUAUACCUAAAGUUUUGUCUUCAAAGAAUAUUAAUCAGCAGAUUGUUUUACCUUCAUUUUGUAGUGAAGCCUCAUCUCCUCAGGAGCUCAAAUGGCAGAAAUUGGACGUCAGAAGAGCUUUAUUUAUAUACCUGGUCAGAACGAAAGAAUUCAGAAUUUCGGAUCACCUGUUUGUUAAUUUUCAAGGUCACUUCAAGGGGAAUGUGGCUUCCCGCGGCACUUUAUCCCGGUGGCCCAUUCAAGUUAUAGAAUUGGCGUACUCUACAGCAGGUCUUCAGGCUCCAGUUACGCUUAAGGCCCAUUCCACCCGAGCAAUGGCCACCUCAUGGGCAGAAAGGGCACUUGCUUCUCCAGAGGUCAUCUGCAAGGCAGCAUGCUGGUCAUCUUUUAACACCUUUAUCAAGCACUAUCGACUAGACAUAUUCUCUGCCUCUGAAGCAGCUUUUGGGCGUAAGGUGUUACAAGCCGUCGUGGCUUAAGUCCCGCCUGGAUGGGGAUCUUGCCAUAUCCCAAUGGUACUGCUACCAUAUGACAGAAAAAACUGAAAUUUUACUUACUGUUUAUUGUUUUUUUUUUUUUUUCUUAGUAAGGUGGCAGUACGGCUUCCCUCCCUCUUUAUUAAAAAAUGUUUUUUUGCAGUACAUUUGGUCUGUUUCUUUCUCUUGUCACAUACUGGGGUAGAUUUUGCGGUACGGCGUUUUAUGGGGCAAGGGGCAAGCAAUACAGCAAAUUUAUCAAGCUUUAUGGCAAAUGCUCAUAAAGAACACACACAUACUGUAGGAGUUAGAAUUACAAAAAUCAUAGGAUUGAGUGGUUUUAUAAUAGUGUCCCGCACAGCGCAGACGAGCUGAUGGAUGCAUCUAUAGCAUAUAGAGUUAACAAAAAGUAAAGAUAAGUAAGAAGAGUGAGGUGACGCUAACAUCCACAAUGUAUGUGCUCAAUUGUGCAUGAAGGACAAAAUAAAACCAGAAAAAUACCUCAGCAAAACCUAUAUAAAUCAUAAAAGAACAUAAAUUAAACAAUCUCACGAUAUCUCUGUAGAAUAAGAGCCCAGAACUACUACAGCUUAUAAUAGUGGUUCUGGUGUAUAAAUCAUGUUCCUGCUGACUUUUCAAAGAAAAUGCAAUGUUUACAUUACUGCCUAGGAAUUACCUCUAGUAGUAGUCACUCAAACUGUCACUAGAGGUGCUUCCUGUGUAACUUCUGCAGUGUGCACUACAGAACUGGUAUUCAAUGUCUCCAUGCUCUGCAUGGAGAUGCUGAACGUUAACCAUGCAAUGCAUCUAUAUACGGAAAUUCUGAUUGGGAAAAGUGGUGUUUUGUUGCACAUGUGCAAUAGCCUCCCAAGGCAGUGAGAAAAUGCAGACAGCCAUUAGAAGUGCUUCCUAUUCCAGUACUGCAGUGUGCAACGCCUAGGUUCAGCCUCUCCAUGGAGGCAUUAAGCACUCCCCAUAGAGAUGCAUUUAUUCAGUUCUGCUUUACAUGCGCAAUAGCCUUCCUAUGCUUUCCUGUAGAAAAUAAUUGGAUUGGCUGAGAUCAUUUAAGAUUAUCUCGGCCAUGGAGGAGGUACCAGCACGAGGAUGGAGAAACUUUAAGGAAACUACUUUUUAACUUAAUUCUGAGGAGGUGGUACUGUCACCAAAACCUAUACUCCAACACUAGGAAUACAUGAUUGUAUUCCUGGCACAGUAGUGUUCCGUUUAUAGAAUGUGAACAAAGGCAUACCGUAUCAAAGAUUCCAGAUGGUGACUAUUUUAUCAGUCACCCAUAUGUUGCACAAAGGAGACAGCAUGGGCCACCUUAGUCUUAAAAGAUGGCUACCUUCAUGUCGUCAUGGCAAUAAGCCAUGAUGACAUGAAUGGCCUAUCUACAGCCUCAAGAAUUUUUUUUUUUUUAAUUCUAUCUUUGAGAAAGGCGUACUUCAGUCUUCCCUUAUCUAGCAGAUUUGUUUAUCACAACAACCUCUUGUCUUCAACUCCAAAUAUUCAAAACACACUCCAACAUUGCUGGAUCAUGGAUGGAUGAUUAACUGGGAAAUGUUUAAUCUAUCCCCUACAUCAUGAAUUGUUUCUAUGUCUCAUGUGGAUUCUUGGUCCCUUUCUCUCAUCAAAAAAAUCAGGAAAGAGAUUUGUGUUCGUAAGACAAAUACAAUGCAUUCCAUCAGAAAAGCUAUGAGUAUUUUGGGAAUUCUCACUUCAUCCAUUCCAGUAAUAAAAUGAGCAAAAGCCACAAAUGAGACCUCUCCAAUGGAGAAAUCCUGCAUUCAGAGGAAAAGGAAGACGUACUGAAUUCAUCAUUUCUGCAAAGAUUUGGAACGUAUUGAAUAGGUGCGUUCAUUCAGAUUUUCUGGACUAUCCUUUCACCAAAUGGACAGGGUCAUAAUGACAACAGACAGGAGUGGGAGAGGUGGGGGUUGACAUUGCCAGCUGGCAAGCUAUUGGACCCUGCAUGACAGGCAGGCACAGUCGCACACACAAUCUCCGCAACCACUGUAGUUCCACCACUGGCAGGUAUCGAUGCAGUAUUGAAUGUGCUAACAAAAUUCAUAGUCAGCAUGGCACCUGGAAUUUGUCGCACCCUGUGCUAGAUCUACUACUAAAUUAGACAAAAGAAAAUCUACAUGCAAAAUGCAUUUGAGAACUGAGAAAUUCCUCUUAAGGUGCGAAGAACGUGAUUGUCGAGUAUUUCUCUUCCCAGUCAAGUCAUUCUGCGUUUUCUACAAGAUGACUUCUCUGUAGAUUUCAGUGUUUCUACCCUAAAAGUCUAGGUAUCAGAGCCUAGUCAUUUCCUAUUUGAUUUGACCUCCAAUGUCCUUACCAGGAAAUUUUUCAAAGCUAUUUGACUUCAACGGCCUCCUCUUAAGUCUUUUUUAUUUAACUCCCACUCCCCCCCACCUGGGAUCUCACUGAUUCACCCAUUUGAACCCCAUGAGGUUUUAACAAAGUUAUCUUUGAAAACUGUUUUCCUGGUGGCAAUUAUGGCUGCUAGACACAGAUGAACUACAAGCACAGUACUAUCUUACAUCAGGAUAAAGUAGUAAUUCAUCCCAGUCUUUUUUUUUUUUUUUUUUCUAAAGUUCUGUCUAAAACAAGCAUCAAUCAACUCUGAUUGUUCUCCCCACUGUAUGAGAAUCUCCUUCAUCUAAGGAAGCCAAGCUACACCUGUUGCUUGUAAAAGGGGUUUGGAGAUCUUCCUUAUGUGAUCAUCCGCAUUCAGAUCCUCUAAUCACAUCUUGGUCAAUUUACAGGAUGCGUAUAUGGAUAAAGCAGCAUCCAAAUGCAUAAUUGCAAGAUGUUUAACAGAGAUCACUAAUAGAGCAUAUGAAAUCACCGGGCACCCUGUGACAUCUCAAGUUAAAGCACAUUCCACUAGAGCGAUGGCAACCUCGAGAGCUAAAAAAGCUUUGGCAUUUCCAGAGGAUAUCUGCAAGGCAGCUACAUGGCCAUGGUGUGUUUAGAAGGGGGCUUUCAAAUGAUGCAGACAAGGUUUUGCAAACCAUAUUUAGAUAUGGAAAGAAUGCAAUUAAGCAGUGUUUUUAUUUUGUAUUUGGGCACUGAAGUCUCUUUAAACUUAAUUUGUACAUUGUUUUACUAAAAUAAAAAAUUACUUUGAAUAAAAAAAAUCAGUUAUACUAUUUUCAAUAGCUGUUUGUCAUUUUUAUUUUGGUUUUAAUUUUGUUUGUUUUUUGUGAACAGCUAUGAGGUAUCUAAAGCAACAACCUGCUAUUUAAAACUGCAUUUACACCAAAGCAAGGCUUGUGAGCUAAAUUAAUCUGUUACCUAGCUUUUUAUGUAUGGAUACAUAAACUAUUUAUAAUCUAUCAUGAUAAUAAUGAGGUAAUAGAAACAAAAGAAAAGGAAAUGUGAUAGCUAGAGCAAUGUGAAAAAAUUUGUUUUUUAAUGGAUACACCUAACUCCUAAAUCACUUCAUUUUGUUGAAGUGCUUUGUGUGAUAAGUGUCCCCUCACUGUGAUUGGACAGGCACAGAAAAUGUGGCCUAAGUUAGAAGAGGACAUGCAAAGGCUGAAGACAACAGCUUGCAGGAAACUGUGAUCUGCAAACUUUAUUUCUUAGGGAUGAGCAUAACCACCUAGCAUAGCUAGUGAGCAUGCGGCAGCCUCCCAGACAUGAACUGCCGCAGAGCACAAGAGUCCGGAUUACCUCAGAAUUUUUAUUAAAAUUAUUUUAUUUUUUUUUUACUUUUUUUUUUUAAUUGGCAAACUGUUGAUGGUUAGCUCAUCCCACCAAAGCAGAGAGUAUAAACAACCUGUUAGCAACCAGUAACCGCAUACAAGGUGAGAGAAACGGAAGUAAACCUAAAGAUGUUGGGGGGAAAAAAUAAAUUAAUAAAAAAUUAUUUAUUUAAAUAUAUAUAUAUUUUUUUUUAUUUUUUUUUUAUUUUUUCAAGAAAUCAGGGAAAACGGGAAUAUAUAAAUAAAACCUGUACCAGGAACAUGAAGACUUAUUAAUACUACACACAGCUAAACUGAUGACAAGGAAACUAUGUAUAGAUCUGAGAACAUGUCAAAAAUACACUGAAGCCAUUACAUAAUAAAUCACAACAGGAGAAACUUUUGUAAAAUGAAAGAAAACUAAAUGUAACAAGUCUCUGACAAUGGGAUCUUGAAUGCAAGGGGCAAAUAUUAUAUAGGAGGGUGGGACAGGUGUUAUUGUUAGGUGGUUAUGCUGAUCCCCAAGACAAAUAAGGUUUGCAGAUCAUAGAUUCCUGCAAACUGUUUGUCCUCUAGGAGGCAUAACCACUUGGCAAAGCUAGUGGGUAGUAUAAGACACACCCUGUGAUGGUCUUGAGAAACUGAAGGUGUCCAAUGUCUGAUGGUCUCCAGUAAACUACCAUCUUGCAGCUUUCUAAAUAAUAGAAAGGGGAAGGCCCUUGACUGACUAAACAGCCUAAUUCAUACAGAUCCUGAACCAAAUCCAGAGAAAUAUGAGAAGUUUUUUGUCUCCCUUUAAGUAUAAUAUGGAACCCUUCUUGGGGUCGGGACAGCCAUGGUUCUGAAAUAUGGAUUUGAAAAAUAAAUCUUGGCAUUGUCCAAGGAUUUAAGGAAGUUUAAGAGGUCAAGUAGAUGUGUAAUGUUGAGUAUAUGUGCAGCAGACUGAUAACUCCUUUAAACAAUCUCAGAUACAAAACAUCCUUGGUAAGGUUAAGGAUAAGAAAACGUAGAACUCUUAAUCUUAAUGGCACUGACUGCUAAACCAGAAUGGAACUUAAAGGGACACUCUAGAUCCCUAAAGCAUUCGUUGAACAGCUUUCAUUGUGAAUAGUGUCCCCCUUGUAUUUUUAUUUUUUUCUAUUUUGCAGAAAUUGCAGAUUUUAAUAGAAAUUAAAUUUUUUGUAUUUUUUUUAUUUUUUUUUUUUAUAAAUUAGCCUGGUUACAACCCCUUGGCUUUCAAGCAGAGAAAAGGUCAUAUUACUUCCUGGUUUGGUUAGUUCAGUGGCACUAAACUCAAGAGACAUCAAUUGCUCAGAGCACCUGCUUUGAAAAGACUUCAUCAGGAAGUCUGUGAUUGGACACAUGGUCUGAGCGGUGUUAGAAGGGGAGAGAUUGCAAUCUGCAGACAAGACAACUGCAGGUAUUGCAAAUUCUUUUAUAUAUACCCGAUGACAGAACGUAUAAUUGAAUGCAUUUAAGUUUUCAUUUGGGAUAUAUAAUACUAAACAUUGAAUUUUUAUUUAUUUUUUGUAUUGGGGUAAGACAUUCUAAAGCUUAAGGGUGUCAGACCCAUUGGAAGUAGAUUGGAAAUAACCUCCCACUUUUUUUAAUUCCUCAAUCAUCUUACUAUAUCUUACCCUAGUCCCUGUAUUUUAAGGAUGAAUUAACAAUGUGUAGCACCUAAUCUGAUAAAAGGAGAUGGGUUAACUGCCUACUAGGACUGCAAUCCACAUCAGCUGCGGAAGUUUAAACAAAAGAUGGCUGAUUUCAUGAAAGCACUCUGCCGUCAAGCCCAAUGGGAUCUUGACUGAUAGAUCAGAGGAUAUCUGGGUCUGGAGGUCCAGACUGGGUAAACGAGAACUAGAUGCUGUACCUUAUCCCUCCUGAUCUUCUCCAACACUUUCAUCAGUAAAGAUGGAGGAGGAAAAGCAUAGGGGCUUGAACAUCUUUCCACUGGAAAGACAUAGCAUCCAUUUUCUGGAACCACCCUGGGAGUCUGUGCUGAAGUCUGCGAUGCAAACAGAUCUACUUUUCUAUGGCCAAAAUUGUUUUCUAUCUAUUGCGUUCUGAGCUGUAAACGCACCCCAAGUGUGAUUGAGACUUCUGACGUCAAUGUAACCGCAAAAGGCUCCUGUAACGGCACCCCCAGGCAAGGGUUAAACCGCAGUUUAGUAGAUCUUCCCUUCCAGAGACACAGGCACAACUACUGCAGAACACGAAACUCCCGAACUGAAUACAAGGGAAUGCUCCAAACUCCCGAACUGCAUACGAAGUAGCACUCCAAACUCCUGAACUGGAACCUCACGAAUAGCUGCUAACAGACGAACAGGAAAAGCACCCAAGCUGCUUACACUCCUGGCAAUCAGUCUCUAACAGCAUACAGUAAAUCCCCCCCCCCCCCAAAGACGAGGCAGAGCUCCGUGUUGAGGGUCAAGCAGUGGUCUGGUUUAUUCAGGGCUACCUGCCCAGUAUUUAUGCAGGUCUCCCCCCUGGUGGAUACUCCCCUAGGGGACCAGAUGGGAGACUGUGACAAAGGGCAGACAUGCACCAAUGACAGACACACAGAAGUAAAACAACCCCACAAUGCAUCCUAAUUUCCUCUCCUCUAUCCUGGAGAUAAUUGGGAAGUAAUCCAAUUAUCUCCCAGGACAGAGGCAAAACUCCAUUACACACGUGGUUAUAAUAAAACACUAAAAUACAUAAUGUUACCUUUAUCACAUAAAAUAUAUACAUGUAACCCAUCCCCAAAUAGCUGGGAUCUGAGCGCACAAUUGUAUCGAAGAGCGCUCAAAUCCUAUACAAACAGUUCAAUUGCCAUGGAGCCAAAGUCUUUAAUUACACGAAUAGGCUCCAUGGCUGUGCUAUCUGGGUUAAAGCAUUCACAUAAAACAAAGUCCCGAUUGAUCAGGUGUUCGAUUAUAUAGCCACGAAUAGAAGCAGGGAAGGCUGGAGGCUCAGCGGUGCCUGCAUGUAAAAGUGUCCGCUUUUAGUGCACGGAUUCCGGACUGAGCACUGCUGGCUGUCCGGGGAAUUCCAUAACACUGCCACCUAUCGGCUAAGUGUAACCCAGUAAUAGUCAAUUAAGCUGCGGUUAAUCAUGCUCCGUGGCCUAUCUGGAGUAAAAUAAUUUGGACGAGAGAGUUUCCAAGGAGACUUACUCCAGCCAUCUGUACAUUGCUACGCUUCCCUCGCUCAGUAGAAGCUGCUGAACAGACCCAACUAUUCAGACUCCCAAUCUAUUAUCUGGUGGAUAGUCUAGAACUAGAUCAGUUUUGGGAGGAUGAAUGAGCAAAUGCCCUGGAACAGGGAGGAGACUCUCUUAAAAGUGCUUCUGGUGCUCAAACUAGGAAAACACACUCUCUCCCCUUAUAGGUUCUUGUCCAUUUACUUUUCUGCUUACUCAAACGCAUAUGAUGGGAAGAAGGAGCAGAGAAAUGAUCCUUGAAUGAGGAACUGGCAAAAUAAAUCAAGCUUCCUUUCCUUAUUUUGCUUUUUAUGAGUAACUCCACAGAAGAAGACAGGUCGAAGGCAAGGAAAGCUCUCUUAUGGAGCCUUCUAAUGUCAGUGGGGCUGCCUCAAGUAUAGGUAUCCUCCAUAUCUGAGGUAAUCAGGACUCCCACGCUCUGCAUGGCUGCCUUGAUUGGCUGAAACGCUGAAGCUCUUCACAAGCAUUUUUCAUCUCUGGCAGUUAACCUCCACCACUAACUUUGGUAGGUGGUUAUGCCUCCCGGGGGACAAAUAUAUGCAGCUUUUGCAAGCAAUUUGUAGAUAAACCCCAUAUAAAAAAAUACAUAGUGUGUGCAUGUUUUUCAUUGAAGGUAUAUCUACUAAACAGUGAUUUUUUUUAAUUUGUGUAUUUGGCCUGUGACAUGUACAUUUAACAAAUAGACAGUUUGUAAUUCAUUCUAACUUAUUCAAGACUUAAUCAUUUUAUGUCGAAAUAUUAAAAACAAAAGCAAAUUUUGCACGUGAAUUGACUUUAGAAAAAGCCAAAAUUUGUGUUCUAGGUUUAUAUUUUAUUUUGAUUAUUUUAUAUCCAUUUUGGGUGCAACCAAAUCUUAGUUAGCUAUCACACUUGGAUGAAAUCGCUGACUGUCCUUGACACACACACACACAAAUUUUUUUUAUUAGAUAUAUAUAUAUAUAUAUAUAUAUAUAUAUCAUAUUAGUCUAAAGCCAACUGUAUUCACUAUAGACAUGAUGCACUUCUGAGUGCAGGACCCUCUGCAGAUCAUAAACUAUUAGAUCAUUUGACUAUGAGGCUAUUUUUAAGUAGAGUUGUGCAAUACAAUAUAGAUCACAUCUAAUGUCUCUGGAAGUGAUGAACUGCUACAUUAUUAUUUUUUUUAAAUCAAUCAAGUUGAGCACGUGGUCCAUGCCUCUUGUAUUUGGCUUCAAUUAACCAUUGGCAAACAUUACUGAUCUGCUAAAAAGAUCUUUAUAACACCAAUCUUGUAAUUAAUACAGUUUGACAUCUGCUACCAGGAAUAUCUUUCAGGACACGUUCUGUUCAGCCAUAAGCAAUUAAAGGCUGUUUGUGAAUGAUUUGUGCAAAGUAAGCUACAUUAAGAGAUCUGCACUGAAAAUAUAAUACUGAUGUAGAUUAAGCUGUUAAACGAUACUAGCCUCCAUGGAGCUCAGGGUUAAACCGUACAUGAUUUGUAUUGUAAUUAGUGCGUUUUUAAAAUGUUGCACAAUAAGUGGGUCUGAAUAAUUUUGUUUAGUCUUACCAAUUUAAUCACCUAGAGCAGUGAAUUCAGAAAUUGCCCAAGAAACUUUUGAAGCUUCUCGCAUUGCUUAAAUUAUUGCUCACCUUUAUCAGAUGUUUUUGUAAUUGUCAGACAACAAGCCAGCUGGAUGCUUGCCAGCAGAGAAUCCUAAGCAAUACCAUAAAGCAAUGGGAGUUACUUCGGUUGUAUACAGUGCAAAUCAUUUAUUAUCACACCAGGCACUAACAAUCAGCUGUUAUCGAGUUAUACGUAGAAACUAUCUGAUCUGGGUAUCUUUCACACAUCUGUUCUUUAUGGGGACACGCACACAGAAUUUAGCAUCAUUAACAUGGUUAUUUUAAUUUUGUCUCUGCGUUCUGGUCCGGUAAUGUUUAAGAAAUGUGGUUAAUCGUUUGUUUUUCUGCGGUACUCUUGCCCUGUGAGGGUGAUCGUCUUUUUAAGUUCUCUUUGGUUAGUGGCACUAUAUAUCUACCAAGACAACGCAAUUUGAAUGGCUGAACCCAUCUUGGUUCGCUUUUGAAAGGGAUAAGCAGGGAAAACCUGUGACCUAGCCAGCUGGCUUAUUUGUUUGGCAGUUUACUUUGUCUCCUUCAGUUGUAGUUUUGCUUUUUAGAAAUUGUCAUAUUGAUAUUGGUACUUAUUUUGUCAUUAGAGGGUCUCUUUCAUUGAGCGAUGACCUUUUAAUUUCUUAUUUACUUGCAUGGUGGGCAGGUUAUGACUCAACAUAUGUUGCAUACUGUUGCUUGUCCUACACAUUACAUUACAUAGUUACAUAGCUGAAAAGAGACUUGCGUCCAUCAAGUUCAGCCUUCCUCACAUUUGUUUUUUGCUGCUGAUCCAAAAGAAGGCAAAAAAAACCAGUUUGAAGCACAAUUUUUCAACAAGCUAGAAAUUUUUUUUAUUCUUGACCCCAGAAUGGCAGUCAAAUUUAUCCUUGGAUCAAGCAGUUAUUACCCUACAUUGAAAGAUUAUAUCCUUGAAUAUUCUGUUUUUGCAAGUAUGCAACUAGUAGCUGUUUGAACAUCUGUAUAAAACCACUUCUUCAGGGAGAGAAUUCCACAUCCUGAUUGUUCUUACAGUAAAAAAAACCUUUCCUUUGCCUUAGACGAAAUCUUCUUUCUUCCAGUCUAAACGCAUGGCCACGUGUCCUAUGUAAAGUCCGGUUUGUGAAUAGAUUUCCACACAGUGAUUUGUAUUGGCCCCGAAUAUAUUUGUAUAAUGUUAUCAUAUCCCCUCUCAGACGACGUUUUUCUAAACUAAAUAGGUUUAAAUUUGUUAACCUUUCUUCAUAGCCGAUACGUUCCAUUCCUUUUAUUAAUUUUGUAGCCCGCCUCUGCACUUUUUCUAGUGCCAUAAUAUCCUUCUUUAGAACAGGUGCCCAAAAUUGCACAGCAUAUUCAUUAUGGGGUCUUACCAGUGAUUUAUAAAGAGGCAAAAUGAUAUUCUCGUCCCGAGAAUGAAUGCCCUUUUCAUGCAUGACAAUACCUUACUGGCCUUGGCCACUGCUGAUUGACAUUGCACAUUGUUGCAUAGUUUGUUGUCUAUAACAAUUCCCAAGUCCUUUUCGUGUGUUGUUAUCCCUAAUUCGCUUCCAUUAAGGGUAUACGUUGCUUGUGAAUUCUUUACGCCGAAGUGCAUAACUUUGCAUUUUUCAACAUUAAAUUUCAUCUGCCAUUUUAGUGCCCAGUCCCCCAUUCUAUCUAAAUCCCUCUGCAGCAAAGAAUUUACAUUUAUGGAAAAUGACUGGCCCACUUUAGUUUUUAUUUUAUGCUUUAUUAAUUUCUUUUUAUCAUUGGAUUGUGUUUCUGUAAGACUUAAAGUGGCACUGUGCAUGCCUGGGGACUUUGUAUAAUUCGCAAAUAAAACCCUAAAAGUCACAUCGCCGAUGGUAGAGUACAGCAGAGAGGUCUAUGGAGGUCCACACCGGUCUUGCUGCAGCUGGCCCAGCCUCCAUGGCUGAGAUCAGCAGUCUUGAUGAUUUCAGCCAAUCCAAUGCUUUCCCACAUGUGCGGCAAAACGCUGCACCAAUCGGUCAACUUUAAUAGAGAUGCAUUGAAAAGGCAACAAUUACAUUGGAAAGCUUGCAGGGACAGGCUAUAGACACCAGAACCACUACAUUAAGCUGUAGUUCUAGUAACCUUCGUGUCCCUUUAAAUGCAGUGGCUCUCAAACCAGUUCUCAUAGCCCACCAACAGUCCAGGAUUUAUGUAUUUCCCUGUUUUAUUCCCAGGGGGAUACUAACAAAACCUGGACUGUUGGUGGGUCUUGAGGACUGGUUUGAGAACCACUGCUUUAAAGAAACACCUACCCACAACAGCACAAACUGUAAAUUAGUAAUACUCAUUUUACUUAAAGCAAAUUAUUUUUAAAAAAAAAAUGUUUUUUAUGUAAAUGUUAACAGGCUGCUUGCUUUGGUUUUUUUGUGUCUUUUUUUGAACCUUACUUGUUUAACUAUAUAUAGUUUAAAUCUUCCCCAGCCUAAAGUCCUUUAAGAGAUCCCUCUAUACAUAUCUCAAAACAAAAUGUACCUGUCAUGGUUGAUUUAUAUAGUUCCUACCUGUUCUAUGUUAAAUUUUGUAUAUAUUGUGUAUUAUUAUUGUACCCUAUUGUAUCAAUGCAAUGUUUUGUGGACCCAGGAAAACAAGAGAAAUCUCAAUGUAUGUUUCCUGGUAAAAUAUAUUUUUAUAAAUAAAUAUAUGAUCCAAAAGAAUAUAUUACAUGACUUCAUUAUUUAUACUUUAUUUUCUUUAUAUUCUUGCAGAUCUACCAUUUAA